CGGCCCGCCAGCUUAAAGCCGUGCUAGUGUGAGGCAGCAGCGAGCAGCGCGGGAGCAGGCAGAGGUCCAGACGCAGUAGCAGCCUACACAAGAGGCCUGGAACCUGGCGAGCACCAUGAGCAACAAAAGCGAUGUGAUCGUGGUGGGGGGCGGCAUUUCAGGUAUGGCAGCAGCCAAAUUUCUGCAUGACUGUGGCCUCAGUGUGGUGGUUCUGGAAGCACGGGACCGUGUGGGAGGCAGGACUUACACAAUUAGGAAUAAAAAUGUUAAAUAUGUGGACCUUGGUGGAUCUUACGUUGGGCCGACCCAGAAUCGGAUCUUACGAUUGGCCAAAGAGCUAGGGUUGGAAACCUAUAAAGUGAAUGAAGUUGAGCGGCUGAUCCACUUUGUAAAGGGAAAAUCAUACCCCUUCAGGGGCCCAUUCCCACCAGUAUGGAAUCCAAUCACCUACCUAGAUUAUAACAACUUAUGGAGGACAAUGGAUGAGAUGGGCCAAGAGAUUCCCAGUGAUGCUCCAUGGAAGGCACCCCUUGCAGAGGAGUGGGACUACAUGACAAUGAAAGAGUUGUUAGAUAAGAUCUGCUGGACCAAAUCUACAAAGCAGAUUGCCACACUGUUUGUGAACUUAUGUGUAACUGCAGAGACCCACGAGGUCUCUGCACUGUGGUUCCUAUGGUAUGUGAAGCAGUGUGGAGGUACAACCAGAAUCAUCUCAACAACCAAUGGUGGACAGGAGAGGAAAUUUAUCGGUGGGUCCGGUCAAGUGAGUGAGCGGAUAAAGGAUAUCCUUGGGGACCGAGUGAAGCUGGAGAGGCCUGUGAUCCACAUUGACCAGACAGGGGAAAAUGUUGUUGUGAAAACACUAAACAAUGAAAUAUAUGAGGCGAAAUAUGUGAUUAGUGCCAUUCCACCUGUUUUGGGCAUGAAGAUUCACUAUAACCCUCCUCUGCCCAUGUUAAGAAACCAGCUGAUCACUCGCGUGCCUUUGGGUUCAGUCAUUAAGUGCAUAGUUUAUUAUAAAGAGCCCUUCUGGAGGAAAAAGGAUUUCUGUGGAACCAUGGUUAUUGAAGGAGAGGAAGCUCCAAUUGCAUACACAUUGGAUGAUACCAAACCAGAUGGCACCUAUGCUGCUAUAAUAGGAUUUAUCCUUGCUCACAAAGCUAGGAAACUUGUGCGCCUUACUAAAGAAGAAAGACUGAGGAAACUUUGUGAGCUAUAUGCAAAAGUCCUGAACUCCCAAGAAGCUCUGCAGCCAGUCCAUUAUGAAGAGAAGAAUUGGUGUGAGGAGCAGUACUCCGGGGGCUGCUACACAACCUACUUCCCUCCGGGCAUCUUGACCCAGUAUGGAAGGGUUCUACGCCAGCCAGUGGGCAAGAUUUUCUUUGCAGGCACUGAGACAGCCUCACACUGGAGCGGCUACAUGGAAGGGGCUGUGGAGGCUGGGGAGAGAGCUGCCAGAGAGAUUCUUCAUGCCAUUGGGAAGAUUCCAGAAGAUGAAAUUUGGCAGCCAGAACCAGAGUCUGUGGAUGUCCCUGCCAGACCCAUUACCAGCACCUUCCUGGAGAGACACCUGCCUUCUGUACCAGGCCUGCUAAAGCUGCUCGGAUUUACCACCAUCUUCUCAGCAACAGCUCUUGGUUUCCUGGCCCACAAAAGGGGCCUGUUUGUACGUUUCUAAAGAUGAGCUUUAGACCCACAUCCACAGGCUUCUUACUCAGUGUGUCACAAAGGCUUCUAUAAGGAGUUGAGACAAAAAUCUAACAAAGAUGCAGAGAAUAUGGAGUGAGAAAGCACAGUAACUUGUUCUCCAUUUUGCCUGUCUGUUAGCAUCCCUUACUGUGGUUGGCUCAUUUCCAACUUUCCUGCCCUUUGAAUGUUUAGAACAGAUACACAGGCUUGUCCCUUGCUCUUUCACAAUCUACCUUAUGGCUUCAAUGCCCUAUGGCUUUGUGCUUUGUCUUUCCUCUGGUGUGUUAUGUCCUCACAUUUAUCGAGUUCUUCGACAUUGUCCCUAGAAUUCUGUCUUGUUAGAACUGGAAGGCAUUAGACACUGUAGCUCAUUGUCUACUUUAGAUUUAAAUAAACCAAAUGCAACAGAGGUGAACCCUAAUUACACAAGACCUACACUAAUCUACUGGUAUAUGGGUGACUGGAACACAAGCUGAUGUUUUUCUCUCCUCCAAAGGUUCAUUCCCCUAUGAUCCUCCUCCACCUUAUGCCAUAGUCACUGAUGGUUGUUCUUGUGGAUUUAUUCUAUAUUAACUAUUAUUGUGUUACUCAGUAGCUAUCCUCUAGUGUCGCUGUUUUGUGCAGCGUUGCCAGCUGAUUCUAAUUUUUCUUGAGAGUGGGAGUCUUGUCUUUGUCAUUUCUUUUUUGCAUCUUCUAGUAUGCUUCCUUUCAAAGAUCAACACAUGCUUAGGUAAUUAACAAUAAAGCUAUUUGACCAUA